UUCCUCUCUUUUUCUCUUUCUUCCUCUCUCUAUUUCUCUCUGCCCUUCUUUAACUCAUCUCUUCCUUUCUCUCUUCCCUUUCAACCUACCCCUAUAUCCAAAACCCACUGCCGUGUGCUUACACAGUAGUCAGGGACUAACAAAACUAUUUCCACGUCAAGUGCGCGAUUCACUAAUAAAACCUUCUGGUUGUUUGCGGACACUGUGACUUCUGCCGCUCCUUUGGACCAAAAGCCUUUAGGAACCUGGGGGGGUUCCUUUCCCUUGCGGAUGGGACAUCCCGCAAGCCCAGCAGAGCAGGGGAGACCAAAGGCACGGCCGCCGCCGCUCACGCCCGCCACGGCCACGCCGCCCGCUCCCGGCGUGUGCCGGGAAGGGGAAGAGGCGGAGCGGCGGCGCAUCCCGAGUCACGGCCGCGCCCCGCCGCCGCCCGGCCCCUUCCCGGCCCGCCCCGCCCGCCAUGUUGCGGCGGCGGCGGCGGGAACAGGAGCGGCGGGAUUGCGGGGCGCUCGGAGCAUGCGGGGCGCACGGAGCGGGCAGGGCGCGGAGCGGCGUCCCGCGGGCGCGCCCCCCGCGCAGUGGGUGCUCAUUGCCCCAGAAGCUGCUAUUGACCCCCCUAAGACACCUGACAGCGAGCCCUUGUUUACAAAAAUGCGCAACCCAAGCACAGGGGAAGCAACCCUUUACUUAUUCAAUAGUGGUGCACAGCAGCUGUUUGAAGUAAAAGCUUUUCACGAGGAACGUCGUUCCUGGUUUAUAGGUCAGACUGUUCAACAGGAUGGGCGCCUGCUGUUUGUUACACCAAUGGACCCCUUAUUUCUGAUACUUUACUACCUCAUAAAGGCAGACAAAGAGCAGCAAGGAAAGUUCCAGCCACUUGAUCAAGUUGUGCUAGACUCAGAAUACCCUAGCUGCCCAUUGCUGCUGAAGUGUGCAGAUGUUAAACAGUACAUACAGCACGUAACAGAAGAAAAAGAGAUUGGCAGUCAGAAAUUCCAUAAAUACAGCCAAGAGAAGACACUGAAGUGGUUAAAGAAAAAGGUUAAUCAAACAGUGAAAGCACUUAAAAGCAACAAUAUAUCAGUAGGUGAAAGGGUGCUUGCAAGUACAUUUAUCAACAGUAAACAGAUCACAGAUGCUCAGGAAGACUAUGUACGGUAUGCCCAUGGGUUAAUAUCAGAGUAUAUUCCUGAAGAUCUGAGUAAGGAGUUGUUAAAAUACUUGGGGCUCCCAGAACUUAAAAGCCCAGCACCAGAGCCACCAGUGAAGAUGCCUGAGAAAAGAUGUGCAAAGAAGAAAUGAAAGGAGCUUAAGGAGACUCGCUUGUAUUAUUGUAACUCGCCAUAAUCACAAAGCUGCUUUUGACGGCUUCUUUUACGCACUUUCUGAAAAAUAAAUGUUUGACAUCGGACAUGCCCUCUUCCAAGAAAGAGCAAAUCUCAGCAGAUCAGCAUUGUUAAAUAUGCGGUGUGUUAAACAUACUCCGCUUCAAAUUUUAUAGCUUGCACACGAUUGGUCUAUCGGGCCCUUCCAGGAAAGCACUUACGAGCAUGCCUAAUGUUAAGCACAUGAGCAGUGAUCCUAAAGUCGGCCGUGUUGUUCGUGUGGGUAAGUGCUUUGCUGGAUCGGUGCCUGCAGCCCUGUUAGGUGCUGAGCAUCCUGAUCCAUAUCCAGCAAAGCACUUACGUCCAUGCUUAUCUUGAAGAGGAAGAGCCAGUCUAAUAUUUGUUCAUUAGUGUUCACCAUAAAAUCUCUCCUGGCACAAUGACUCAUAUGCUUAAUAUUAAGCACCUGCCCAAGUAUUUUGCAAGAUCAGACCAACUGCAUCCUUGAGCAAGUCUUAAAUACUUGAUUUUCUAUGUUUUGUACUCAUUUUUUUUAAUAGAAUGUAUGCUUUUAGUGACUGUAAUUACAAGUUUUAGAAGCUGUAUAGCAAAAUAUGUUUGUAUAACAUGUUUUAUGCAAUUUCUUCUUUCUUUCUUUUCCAAAAUAUAUCCAAAUUCAGAAAAGUGGCCUUUAUGAAUGCGAAGUCCAAGGUUCAGUCAUAAAAUCAACCAAAAUGGGAAAAAAAGCCAAUAUUGACUCUUUAUAGGACAUUUAUAUUUUUAAAAGUAAUUUCACUGAGUUUGAGUUACAUGAUUUUGUCCAGCCUGUUUUACAGGAGGUGUUACCUUGCUCAGGUUGUGGGGACACAAGUGACUUAAUGCUUCAGGUAGGUUGUGCGUUCAGAAGGGCAGAUGGAGAAGCUGUAUUUUUUAUUUUACUUCUUUUAUUCUAAGGGAUUGAAUCCUUACAAGCAUAUAUAAAAUAACAUGUACCUUUUGUGUUAAGAACUAAACCAAAACCUAUGUAAUUUUUCAGGUUAAAAAAAAAAA